AUGCAUUUCGCUUUCCCCCCUCGCAAAACCUCACAUCCCCCGCCCUAUGCUGCGCGCUCGUCCCGUUCGGGUUUCUUGCGCUAUAGUCAGCUCCGGAAUAUCCUUGUCUUAGCCGUCGGCGCCCUCAUCACAUUAUACCUGCUGUCUGGCCUGUUUUCAGGCUCAGGAAGUGUGUCAAUACCAGCUGGAACACCUAGAGCUGUCGUAGUCACUACGCUUGACCCCUCGUUGAGCCAAUCUUACAAAGCUGCCAUCAAGGCCAACCGAAAGCACUAUGCCGCCAAGCACGGUUAUGCCGCUUUCUUCCCCAAUACGACUGACUACCCCCUUGGCGACAACCCAAGCUCAUGGUCGCUCGUACCUGCCAUGCGCCACGCCAUGGCCCUGUACCCACACACCCCUUACAUCUUCUACCUCACCAGCACAGCUUUGAUCAUGAAUCCUUCCUUAUCAAUCGAAGAGCACAUCAUGGACCCUCGCCGCCUCGAGUCCCUCAUGCUUGUCGACAAGCCAGUCGUCCCUCCGGAUUCUGUCAUCAAGACUUUCUCGCACCUGAAGGGCGAUCGCAUUGACUUCGUUCUGUCGCAAGACAACGAGGGGUUGGCAGGUGGCAGCAUGGUCAUCAGAUCCGGAGAAUGGGCCAAGUUCUUCCUUGACUCUUGGUUCGAUCCUCUAUACCGCACCUACAACUUCCAAAAGGCUGAAGCCCAUGCCCUUGAACACAUUGUCCAGUGGCACGGCACAAUUCUGGCCAAAUUGGCUCUUGUACCCCAGCGCGUUCUGAACUCGUACACACAAGGUCCCGCAGAGGGCAUCUACAACGAAGGCGAUUUCGUCGCAAACUUCCACGGCUGCAUUCGCGACUCAAAACGCAAUUGCGAAGCAGAAAUGCAACCGCUCCUCACAAGAUGGAGGGAAAUUACCGACCGAGAGCGAUGA